AUAAAAUCCAUUUUUCAAAAAAGACAAAGGACAAAAGAAUUGGUGUCAAUUAACAACCUGGUUUUUAACCAAGAGAGAUGAGUCCACGUCAGGUGCAGCCUACGGCCCCACAUAGCAUCGUAACUCCUCCCUGUGGCGGUGAAAAAGGAGGGGUUCUUCUGCUGGAGGUGGGCGGGGCUUCAGGCAUGGCUGAAUCGGAAGCCCCGCCCACCGGGACGCACCGGGAGCUGCAGUUUGGAGCGCAGCCGGUAAUCAAGCCAAACGCUCCUCCUGCAGCAGCGACUAAACUUUUCUCUUUGUUCCCGUGUGCACGGGUCCGAGCCGACCCGGUCCACUCGGCGCGGUCCGGUUCGGUUCUGAAAGUUUGCGAGCAGAAGUUUGCGGAGCGGCGGAGCUCCGGGGAUCCGCUCGGUUGGACCCGAAGGUUACAUAAGAGUGGACAUAAAUCCUGAAUGAGCUCCGUGUCCGGCGCCGCUCCGCUCCGCGCGUAAACGCGCCGCAGAGUUCAGAUUCCAGCUGAAAAGCAAGGACGCACGGUUCUGACCCGGUUCUGACUGGGUGAAAAUGAAAGUUUGGAGCAGGUUUCCCCCCCUGGAUGCACGCUCGGAGUAUUUUCCUGACUUUAGAGUGUGGAGCGAGAAGCCGCGCGUCCUGACGCUGAAUGGGAUGGAUGAUCGUGUGAGCGGCGGAAUGAAGCCAGCCUGCUGUAAAUAAGACUCCCCGCUCCUCUCUGUGGAUAUAAAGUGACUGAAGAACGGUGAUUUUUAUUUAGUUUUUCAUGAGCUUCGGUUCUGGUUCGCGAACAGCUGAACCGAAGAGACGCGGAUGCUCGCCGCGCCGCCGCUCAUGGCGCGCUCCGAGCGGCCGCCGCUGCUGCUCGGGCUGCUGCUGCUGCGACUCUGCUGCGCCGUUACCGACGACCGGCUCAUCUCGGACCGGUACGCGGUCUACUGGAACAGCACCAAUCCCAGGUUCUUCCGGGGCGACUACACGGUGGAGGUGGCGAUCAACGACUACCUGGACAUCUACUGCCCGCACUACGAGGCGCCGGAGCCGGCGGAGCGCAUGGAGCACUACAUCCUGUACAUGGUGAACUACGACGGCUACAUGAGCUGCAGCCAUUACCGCAACGGCUUCAAGCGCUGGGAGUGCAACCGGCCGCAGAGCCCCAACGGGCCGCUCAAGUUCUCCGAGAAGUUCCAGCUCUUCACGCCCUUCAGCCUGGGCUUCGAGUUCAGGCCGGGACACGAGUACUACUACAUCUCGUCUCCACAUCCCAACCUGGCUGGGAAGCCGUGCCUGAAGCUGAAAAUCUACGUCAAGCCGAGCAACGACUCCAUCUAUGAAUCUCCAGAGCCCUUCCUGACGGACGACACCACCGGCGGCGGCAGCCUGGCUCUGCCGUCCGCCAUCUUGCUCUCCCUCCUCCUCAUCCUGCUCCUCGCCUCCUCGUAGCACCUCCUCCUCUCCCUCCUGCUGCUGCCGGGACAGAUUUGGGAAGCGAGCGCAGCUUCCGCUCCCUGACCUCCGACCUUUUCCUGGACGUGGAUGAGGAGUCGGAGGCCGGCAGCGGGAGGAGCUGCGUCUGGAGUUUCUGAAAACUUUUCUGUUAAAAAAGCAAAAACUCUGUUUCAGAUCUGAAAGCUGAGGCUCCACUGACCUCCAUGUUCACAGCUGGCUGGAUUUUAUGCAUUUCUGGAAACUCUUUAAAAAAAAUCCAUUCAUGUUUUAAAAUCUCAUUUUGUUCAUUUUCAAGUUGAUGCCAAAGUUUUGUACGUUGGUUCUCUGAGCCUCGCUAAGGCCAGACACGUCGUUACUCGCCUAAAACACAAAACAUUUUGGAACGUCGAUGUGUUUCACUCUUUUCCAUUUAGACUGACUAAAUCUUACAAAAACCUUAAAGGGCAUCUAUUAUGUAAUGUUCACAUUUUGCACGUUUUUAUGCUUCCAUUUGAGUCUCAACAGUUUUAAGUGCUUAAAAAAAUCAGCCAGGAGUUUUGUGGCAAUAAGUUUGUUUUUUAGUGUCUAGAAAAUGAGCCGUUUCAAAAACCUCUGGAGCUUUGAGUUACGUUUGACGGGCAUUUCGCCGUUACCUAGCAACCCAAAGGGAGCUCCAGCUGGUUUUAGUGCUGUACAAUGGCUGCUGGAAAAGACAAAGUGUUUUGUUGUUGACUUACCAUCCAGAAACCACUUCAUGCUUUCUAGUUGGUUGUCCAGGAGGCUCCACUUCUGCUUUUCAAAGAUGUACGGUUGUAUAAUUUUGCAGUCAUUUUCACAUGCGAGUGUAAACAUUGAGUUGGGGGCGUGGCCAGCAGCACCUUAUUUGGAUUUAAAGAGACAAGACAGUUAAAAUCUUAUCGUCUAAGGAUGAUUUUGUCCAGAAAAUGUAACAUAUUUUAUUUUAUCCAUAGAUCUGUAAUAAGAAAGUCAAACUUUCUCCAACUACUCUUUGUUUUUUAAAUGGAAACUUCAUUUAUUUACUUGAACUUUAAGGGAAAUUUAACCAAAUUUACACUUUCUAUGCUGAAAUCUCUCCCAAAAUAAUACAUUUGUUACACAAAUAAGACUUAGUGAUUCAUUAUGCUUAAAAAAUAAUUAGUUUGAUUUUAAGAAAUUUAUGAAAUAAUAAAAGAUAGAAUUGUUUUAAACUACGCAUGUUAAUUUCCUUAUAUAUCUAACAGCUGAAAACAGUUUAAAGGUUUCAUUAGAGAUGAGCAGUGCCAUCUGGUGGCCACAUUAAACACUGCAGCUUUAACAACCUGGAUCCACAUCUGGAAAACUUUACCAAAACACUGAAGUUUCUCCCUGAUACAUGAAUAUUGUUUUAAUCUGCAAUAAUUGAAAAUUACAGCAAUAAGAGAGAUAAAUUGAAGCAAUGUUUAAAUAAAUAAUGAGUAGUUUUGGAUCCCUCGUGAAUAAACGGGGUUCAGUUCUACCUGUGCAGCUUGGCGGUCAGUGGAGUCCAGCUUCAGCCUGAGGAACCCAUCAGAGACGGCCAUGUUUCAGUCACUGAUGGUUGCAGUCGCAGCGAGACACAGUUUCCACCGGCAACAAAAUCAAUGCAAAAACCACAAAGUUACUGAAAUAUUCAUGAGUCGCAUCAGUCAGCCAUAACGGGCUGAAAGGUGUGUUGCUCUCAGUAACUGUUUUCAUUACAAAUGUCAGCAAAACAUCAAAAUUCUGCUAAUAUUGAAAAAAAAUACAAUUUAAAAAUGUUAUUAAACGGACACUUCCUGUCGUCUUUGUCGUUUCUGCCAGUAGUAUCAUCUGGUUGAUGAUCAUGUGGCUCAAAUGAUGUGAACAAAGUGUUUUGCGAAAUGCAUUAAUUUUGAUACAGCAGAAAAACAACCUCACCUUGGCACAAAACACGGAAGUUUUUUAGAAAUUGAUGUUUCCAAUUAAGCAAAUUAAUUUUCUUAAUUCCAAUUUUUACAAUUUUAAGGCCAGUUUCCAGUUUAGCUGCUUUUCCACUACAAAUGUCCAUAAAACGUCGAUAUUCUGCUAACGUUGACAAACCCUACUUUAAAAUUGCGGCGUUUCCAUUAAAUGGACACUUCCUGUUGUCUUCUUUGUCGUUUCUUCCAGUAGCAACAUGCAGUUGUUGAUCAUGUGACUCUUAUUUCCAUUGCAGUUUUGUGAUGGUUCUGGUUGAGAAGCAUCUAAACUUCCUCAGACUUAGUAAACAGUUUGUGGACGUUGUGGCUGAUCUUCAUCGUUAAUAAUCGCAGUAAAAACCGUCCAGCCCUGCAGCAGCGAACGCCCUCCCCAGUCGACGGCCUUUCCUUCCUGAAAACCUGCCAAAGACUUGCUAAACUUUUUUAUUGGAUGCUUCUUUGGAGUCGGGUUUGGGCUGCGCCACCAGCAGCUGGCGGAUGAUUUAAAGGGGCGGAGCUUCCUUCUUAUUUUCUAAAUUUUGUCAUUUUGUUGUAAAUAAAAAGUAAAACCGAAUGUCCUGCGAAAAAUACAAAUGUAUAAAUAGAUAAAUGGCCUUUUCUCCCCCCUCUUCCUCCCCCUCCCCCCACUGGUGCUGAAUUUUUAAUGACUGCGAAACAGCGCCACCUUGUGACGCCUUUCAUUAGAAAACCCCAAACUUUGUGUUUUCUUCAUCACCUCAUGACGUCCUUCCAUCCCCGAUGGAGGGAGGUGUGUCCUUGUGAGCGGAGGAGCCAGGGGCAUGCUGGGAAAUGCAGUAUCUCAAACGGCGGCACUGUGACGGAGGACGGGCGAAAAGGUUUUCAAAACGAACGUUUCCUUUCUGCCAUGUUGUUUUGAAACCCAGGAGAUUACUCAUAAAUGAUGUAAAGUCUGAUGUUUGUUGUCGUUUUAGUUCCUGUUUGGUUCCUGCCUGAAUCACGAUGCAUUCUGGUCGCUGUAGUCCUGUGAGUUCUGGUUCUGUUGCUGGUUCUGGUUCAGUGGGUUCUUUUGCCAUGUUAACGUUGAUUUCUGUGUGAAUGAAUUUAGUUUUUUUGUGGCACUAAACGUAAAAGAAGAGGAAUAGUUACAGAAAAUAAAGAUAAGUGUAUUCAAGAAGGAAAUGUUUUUCUACAUCAAAAUGUCUCCAUAUUCUAUUCUUUCAAAGACAAAAAAAAAAAUCUGUUUUUUUAUAUUUUCUUAUUGGAUGCUUAUAAAGUCCUGUUGUAAAGUUAAACAAAGCAUUUAUCUGAUUGGCUCCAGAGAGGUCAGAGGUCACAGGCCUCCUUUUGUUAGCCUGCGCUGCAUGAGCAGGAGGAAUAAAUUAUAUUUCAGAGAGAAAAUGUUACGAUAUGAACCUGUGUUUGAUAAAAAGUUACUGCUAAUAAAAAGAAGAUUUAAGUUCCA